AUGGAGGAGAACGCGCAGACGGGGGUGCCGGACGCGCGGUUGGUCCGCGCCGCCGCGGUCGCGAGGAGGGAGGCGUACCGAGCGAAGAAGGACGCGCGGGAGAAGGCGGAGCGGGAGGCGAGGGAGGCGAAGCUGAAGGUGAACCUCCAUCGCGCGGGCGCGGGCGAGGGCGCGGAGGCGGCGUCGGCGUCGGCGUCGGCGACGACGCGGGAGGAGCUGCUCAGGGUGCCGCCGACGUCGACGUCGACGCCGGCGGGGGCGGCGACGACGAAGAAGAAGCCGACGCGGGGAGGCGCGGGGGAUUCGGACGACGCGAAGUGGCGACCGGUGAAGGUGUCGUGCGGGUGGUGGCACACCGUCGUCGCGCUCGAGCCGACGACCUGA